AUGCUCAAGGAGGAGAAGACUAUCAGGGAAGAGAUGGUGAGUGUGGAACACAGACUACUCCUGAACGCCGUGGAGAGGCAGAAACACACGGCUACAAUCAGGCUCCUGUGUGUGGCCUCCACACCCUCUCCCCUCCCUCCCUCCUCCCUCUCACCCCUCCCCACCACACUCGAGGACACCGGGCUGGCUUCUCUGCUGUUCAAACGAUCGUCCAAUUGGUUUGCAGAGCCAAGUCACAUGACCGAACCCUACCUCAGCAUGGAGGAUAUCACUGCUCCUCGGGGGAGUCACAUGACUACCGUGGAAACCAAACAAAGUGAUUACAUAACCACUUCAGAGCCAGUGGAAGAGAGUACUGAUCACAUGACUACUGUGGAAUUGUCACAUGACGGUCCAGCAGUGAGGGGAGGGGAAGAGGAGGAGGAAGAAGAGGUAGGUCAGGCAAGAACUGAACUGGUCAGACUGCAGAUGGACAAACGGAGGCUUGAGGCCCGCCACCACAGACUGGGCCGCAAACUCAUGGAGACUCGCACCAAGAAAUCACAGCUACAGACGAGGGUGUCAGUGAGUGGGAGGCUCCACCCACACCAGGUGGAGCUGUGUGCAGCUCUGCAGCUGUGCGGCGAGCUGGAGGAAGAGGGGAGACAGAGGGAGCUGGCCGGAGCCCAGGCCUCUCUCCAGCUCCAUCGCAGGGAGACCACUCUGGAGGGGCUCCUGGUCCUCAACCACCAGCUCAUCGCUGCUCUACACCAGUACAAGACACUCCUGGAAGAGAGAGUUGUGUCACCGCCAGCAGGGGACAGACUGCCACCUCUGGAGCCCCUCCUGUCUCGCAGUUCCAACCUCACUUGGCACGCCGAGAGAGAGAGAAGACUGCCGGUGGCCGGCCGAGCUCUCCAGCUGCCCACCUUCUCUGCCUUCUCCGCCAGAGUCUGCUCCACUGCCAUGGCUGUACAUGUAUGUGCAGGGUCAAAGUCCAACCUGCUGGUGGAAGACGUGACAGACGGAGAAGAAGAGGAAGUGGGAGGAGCUUCAAUCACUGACACCAGUGACGUGCCUCUCUCUUCCCUCCCACAAGACUCGCUGGGCACCCUCCCCCUCUUCUCCUGCCCCUUACUCCUGCCCACAAUCCCCGUCAGCACCUCCCUCACCUCCCCCUGCACCACUCACACUCCUCACAAUGUCAUCUUCCCCAACCCCUCCCUCCCGGCUGCCUUCUCCCGCUCCAACAUUCCUCUCAACAAGUGUAGAUUCUGCAACCACACCCCUACUCCACCCACUCCACCCUUACACCUUGCUCCACCUCAAUCCGGGACAGAGUCUGCCGUCCCAUCCUCAAAACGGACAUCAGUACAACUAUACUCUGAUACAGACUCUGUUGUCCAACCAACAUCCAUUCAACUUCAAUCCAGGACAGAGACUGUCGUCCCAUCCACAAAUCGGACGUCCAGUGAAGCGACAUCUGCCGCAGAGACUGCUGUCCAAUCCACAAAACGGACGUCCAUUCUGUCCAAAGUGGGCCUCAAUGCUGCGCGGAUCUCAGUCUCUCGAAGCUCCGUAAACAAGAGCAAAUAUGUCGUGAAUGACAAGUCCCCUCUACUGACUGAAGACUGCCACACCGAGGGUAGUGUGAAGACUGACACAAUGGCUAUAGAUAGUAGCAACGAGUCUCCAGUGCUAAAACUCCCGUCAUCCACACAGCAGUUGCAAGAGCCUCACGCCAGCUCUUCGAAUGAGGAACCACUGGUCCCAACUACAGCUGAGAGCAAAUCUCUAAAACUUCCAGCUGCUUCAAUGGUGCCGAGAGGAGGUCCACCUGCAGAGAGCGAGACAGACGAGAGGAAAGAGCUCCAGCAGAGUGUGUCGCAGCUCUCUCUCACUCACAGCACACACGGGAAGACAAGGAGCGGAGUUGCCGGGAGACGAGGAACGAGAACUCUCCGAGCAAACAAGCCUCCAACAAUCCCAGUUGUCAAGGCAACAGAACAGAGAGCCAAGAGGGAAUCCCUGCCCGUUAAAACUGUCGACAGGACUCGCCAGUCCACCAUGCUGCCCAAGAGAAGACAGCAGCGAGAGAGACAGACUCUUGUCCCCUCUAAAGUCAUAGCAGGUGGUAGUCACGUGAAUGCCUCACCGUACCUUAAAACAACAGCAACCGGCAAAUUUGAAGCCAAGAAAAUUGUGUUCAAGAGGACAAAUCCGUCCAACCAGGUGCCAAAGUUCAAAUCUCCCUACCACGUUUCCAUGGCUAAGACCAACAAGACCAAGAAAUGAAAACAUUUUGUACUUUUCGUCCUGGGAAUUUUUUUCUUUCU